AUGCCUGAAGCCUCGCCACCACCUUAUCUUUCGUAUCGGAACGGAACAAUUGCAGUCUGCAUCUACCUUCCGCCCAAGGUCAAUUCACCCGGUAUCUGGUCAAACGCCACCUCUCCAUCAGAGAUUCUCUCAUUUUCGUUGCCGCUUUUGGAGAUGCAGCUGCUGUUGAUGUUCUUGAUCACUCAUUUCGUCUAUGCCAUCUUCAAACCUCUUGGAGUCACCUUCUUCGCCUCACAAAUGUUUGCCGGCGUGAUCCUGGGGCCUGCAAUGUUGGGGAAAAUAGAAACAUUCAAAAACGUAUUGUUUACACCGGGAUUGAGUUUGGAUAUCGUUCAAACCAUAGCAGGGUUUGGUUUCUCGAUAUUUUUGUUUCUGAUGGCAGUGAAAAUGGACGCGAGGGAGGUGCUUAGGUCCACAAGGAGAGCCAAAGUGAUAGGCAUUGUAUCCCUUUUGUCUCCUAUGGUGAUUGGUUUAAUUGUUUACCAGAGCCAAAGUGAUAAGCUUUGUAUCAUGGAACGCAUGAUAGGAACAAUCAUUGAAUCCAUGACUUCAUUUUCAGUCGUCGCAUGGCUACUCGAUGACCUCAAGAUCGGAAAUACCGAACUGGGACGACUGGCUCUAUCAUCGUCGACCGUAUGCAACAUGUGCUCCAUAUGUCUGAUUACCUUUGUUUCUUUGACCAAACAUUUGCACGAAUCGACAUCAAAUUUCGUGAAGUAUUUAGGAAUCACAAUUCUUUUCAUAAUUUUUCUUUUUGUUAUGGUUCGUCCAUUGAUGUUUUGGAUAAUUAAAGAAACACCCGAAGGGAGGCCGGUCAGGGAAACGCACAUUGUGAUCGUCAUCAUGGUAGCUAUAGGGUGCUCUACAUUUACCAAUUGGUUCAAUCAAUCUCCUCUGCUCGGGGCUUUUCUUGUCGGCUUAGCUAUCCCCGACGGACCACCACUAGGAUCUGCCUUGGUAGACAAGUUUGAUUGCUUUGCCAGAGGUGUCUUUCUGGUAGCCUUUGUAACCACAACUACAAUGAAAGUUAAUCCGAACAAAGUGUUGUCUGAUCCCGAAAAGUUUAACUUCUCUAUUGUUUUCGUUGUUUCGACAUUUAUUGCGAAAUUUUUAUCUUGUUUCAUAGCUUCAUUUUGGGACAUGAUGCCCCUCAGGGACGCCUCAGCCUUUUCUCUUAUUAUGAGCAGCAAAGGCGUCGUAGAGUUGCAAUAUUUCGCCAGUUACAGAGGCAUCCAGAUUUUGUCGGAAUCGACGUUUACGGUGUUGGCCCUUAGCAUUCUAGUGAAUGCAACUUUAAUCCCAAUCAUUGUCAAGAUCCUUUACGAUCCUGUUUCUAAAAAGUAUGCAGGCUAUCAGAAAAGGAACUUGAUUCACUUAAAACCCGAUGCCGAGCUGCGAGUUCUUGCCUGCAUUCAUGGAAGUGAAAGUGCUCGGGCCAUGAUAGAUAUUCUUGAUCUCACAUGCCCUACAAAAGAGAGUCCAAAUGUUGUAUAUGUCCUUCACCUGAUUGAACUAAUAGGUCGUGAUUCUCCAAUCUUUAUAGCUCACCAAAAGCUCGACAACAAAGUCGUGACUUGCCACGAAAACAUUCUUGCUUUCAAUCACUACUCGGAAAAGAACGGAGGAUUGGUCACGGUGAACGCAUUCACUGCAAUCUCUCCGCCUAAACUGAUGCAUGAGGAUAUCUGCACUAUGGCCCUCGACAAGCAAACAUCCCUCCUACUUCUUCCAUUCCAUAAAAAAUGGACUAUGGACGGAACUGUCGUCGAAAACGAAAACACUAUGAUAAGGAACUUGAAUUUCAGUGUCCUGCACCAGGCCCCAUGCUCGAUAGGGAUCCUCGUGGGCUGCGGCUUACACAAUUGGAGGCGAAAAUUGAUGAAGUCGUCCAAGUUCUGCUCCAUUGGCAUGAUCUUCUUAGGUGGCACAGACGACCGGGAGGCUUUAGUAUUAGCCAAAAGAAUGGCCCGUGACCCUAAAGUGAAGCUGACCUUGAUCCAUCUCAUUCCCGAUCAAGAGCCCGUGAAGACCGUGGACUGGGACAUGAUGCUGGAUGUUGAGAUGUUGAAAGAUUUCAAGGAGAAUGAAGUUGGUGACGGUUGCAACAUAACGUUUACACAACAAGUUUCAAACGACGGAAAACAAACUGCGAAGUUCGUUAGAUCGCUUACGGCUGAUUAUGACUUGAUCAUCAUCGGCAGACGCUGUGGGCUGGAGUCGGUCCAAACAACAGGCUUAUCGGAAUGGUGUGAAUAUCCUGAGCUCGGGGUCAUUGGUGACCUCCUUGCAUCCAUGGUUUUAGAUAGCAGGGUAUUUGUAUUAGUUGUGCAACAACAACUUUAUAUUUAUUAA